ACGGUCUUCGACCGGCUUACGGGGGUCUUGUCUCAGCUGCGAGUGCUGCUGUUUGAUGCUGUCGGACUUGAGACAAUGAACCAGUGAAUUAGACCAGGGCUGAAGCAGACAGAAAGAAGAGGUCGCGAAAACUUUGUCAUGGCGAUGCAAACAGCCUGUGGCUCUCCUAACAGAGCCAAGACACUGCAGUGCUGGCUGCUGUUGAUAGCACUUGGAGCCAACCUGGUACCUGGCAGGGUUUCACAAAGUGCAGAUGGUGAAAAUGACAUUGGCUCCGGGGAUCAUGCGGUACUUCAUAACAUCAGCAGUGGAGGAGAAGCUAGGAGAAUUCCAAGAAAGACGGUGGCAGCCAAGCCAGCAUCCCCUUUAGGUCAGUGUUCUGUCACCUUCCACAUCGCCAGACCUUCUGGUGUCUCCACAGGCUGCACUUCCCACAAGCUCAACACUCCCAACUGGCAGGAGGAACUCGACCACAUUAAGAGACUUGUCCACAAGAACGAGGCCACCAUUAAGGGCCUCUUCUCCACCAUCAAUAAGGAUAUCGGAAAGGAGCCGUACAGAGACAUCAUCACAGGUGUGCUACUGGGAAUCAAAGAGGACAAUGUCAGGUUUGAGGAGAUGAUGAAGAAAAUGAUGGUGGAGUUUGAAACUCAACGAGGGGGUGACUUUGUAGGAUCCCUCUUUGAUUUUGAAAAAGUUCAAGAAGAGGUGCGUCUUACGGCAGACCUGCUGCACUCCACAGCGGACAUUGCCAACCAUCUCGAGCGGGGGGCUCAAGAGCUUUAUUCCCAGCUGACUAAACUCCAGCCUGACCACAGCAACAGAGAGCGAGUCCCCCCCUCCUCCUCCUCCUCUUCCUCCCCUUGCUCCUGGAGGGGAUGUGUCUGAGCCCACCUGACCGAGGCAGCAGAUGUCGCGCCGGGAGGACGACACUUCUGUUUUGUCGGAUGUGGAGCGCCAGGAGUCCUUCCUUUGCUAGAGAGCCGUGACGCAUGCAGCGAGGCGAGUGAUUAAUUACCUGCCGAUCUCUGGAGGUCUGUAAUUAGAUCAGGACAGGAAUGUCGCUUUCGGAGACCGCCAAGGAUAUUUUAUGAACUCCAGUGUACAUUUGUGACAGGGCCGGGGGACGUCUGGUGGGACACGCUGAACUCAGAGUCAUUGAGGGUUUGAGUUGCACUUAAGAAAAGCGGCAAGAAAAAAAGAAAAUGGAGAGGAUCACUCAAUUUAAAAUGUACUCACGUGACGUGGGGGGCACUGAGCUUUUGGUGUGGCAGUUCAUUGUGGCGCUACUGGGGGUUUUCCAUGACCUUUAAUUUCUUUUCCAUUCCAUAUUGACUCCCCAGACACCUUUCUUGCACGCGUUACCCAUUUCCAAAAAUGAAGCGCAGGCUGGGAAGAUGUAGUGCUGUUUUUGAUGAGAUUUGGGGGGCUUGGGGGGGACUGGAGAUAAUUGAAUCUUUGCAUUGAGAUUAUGUAUGAGAACGGAUUCAUGAAGUCCUCUGACCUCUUCGCUUUGAGUCUGAAAACGGACACACUAGCCAUCAGUCAUGGGUGGAGUUUAAGGGGUGGCUUGGGGGGCCUGCACAAUGAAUGAACUAUGUUUGGAGAGGAAGACUCAGAUAUAGAGUUUUUUUAAGCCACAGUUAAUGUCCUGCCAUUUUCUAUGUCACUUAAUCACACACGUGUCCCUCCUCUCUUGACUGCCGGUAGCGGCACACAUUAACUGCACAUCUUUGAUGUUUGCCUACUGAGUGGUCAAUGUGUCCACACCUAUGGAGACCCUGAGGAGGACCUCCACUCCUUCUUGCCCUCUCAGGUCUGCUGAUGAAUGGCAUCUGGUUUUGCCACUUCAGUGUGGCAUCUAAUCUCAAUUCUGACCCGUCAUGUGUAGCUCCGAGCUUCCCACCUCCACCCACCUCAGUGCAUUUAAGAAGCGUUUGAAGACUUUCUUGUUGGCUGAAUUUCUGUCUCACUGGUGUUAGGUUUUUAUACUCUAUGAAUUGUAAAUUGUCUCGCAUUUUGUUCUGAGCUCUUCACUUGUCACAAUCAGUUUUGUCACCUUGUCCUGUAUCACAUACCCCAUACUUAUGUUGACCCUUUUUGUAAGUUGCUUUGAAUAAAAAUGUCUGUGAAGCA